CAUUUCGGCUGACGCCAUUUCGGCUGACGCCAUUUCGGCUGACGCCAUUUCGGCUGACGCCAUUUCGGCUGACGCCAUUUCGGCUGACGCCAUUUCGGCUGACGCCAUUUCGGCUGACUUAAGGUUUCAUAGGAAUGCUCUACUUUUGGAUAGCAGGGGAAACCUGUAUUAGUGCAUGGAAAGUAUGAAGCUUGGGAUUCUGGGUUAUAGUCUUAAUGGUAUCCAAGAAGGUAUUUUGAUUCCUUUUGUUAUUUCUACUAUCCCUACCACCACCAACGUUGAGAAAGCUGGAUGAAAGACACUAUUAAAAAUGCUAAGUAUAAAUGAUGGUUAUUGCUUUAAUAAAUGGUUAUUUUUUCAUUUAUUUCUUGGCCUAUUUAAAGGGUCCAGUCUUCGUGUAUAUCAAACUAGAAGUUUUUAAAAGUGCUUUGUCAAAUGUUAAUUAGGUAGAGAACUUCUUAUUAAUGUUGGAAAUAUUUCUUAGCUUUGGUCAACUGUGUCUGGUGUGUGAUUAGAGGCUAUGAGAUGUCAUCUUACUCUUUUCUGAAAAGCCCUGGACUUUCAUAGUUUAUCAUUUUACUUAUUUUGUAUUGGCCAGAUUACAUAUGUAAUGGUAGUUAAGCCAUUUUGCUCACUUAUUUUCUUAGUUGAAAUAGUACUCAAGUCUCUUCACUUGGUCCUUUCUAGUUAGAAAUUUUACUCCAUGAAAUUUUGUUAGUUUCCACUCAGCAUAAGCUUAUUUCUUACCCAUGCUGUGGAGGAAACAAAGGAGUCCUGGUCUGGGUUGGAGCAGUUAAUUUGUUGAGCAGCUUCUGUGGGAAAACUCCUAGUGAGAGAUGAGGAGAAUUCUUUUUCUCUCUUAUGCCAUUUGUGUACAAAGGUUGGUGGAAAGACGCAGAAAUACUCAGAAAGGGGCUAAUAAGACCAUUGGUAUGUCCUCAUGGUUCUCACAAAAAUAGGAUGCAAAAAGGACUGUGUUGGUUACAAUACAUCGUUUUAGAAAGAGAAUAUUUAUUCUUGUUAGGACUGGAGAGAUGGUUAGGGAAGAGCAGAAGAAAAGUGUGCCCUGUGUGCUGAUUAUCCAGUGUUGUGUAUUUUUUGAGGGGGGCAGUGGUGAUGGUGAAAUGGGUUGCCAAGACACUUCACUAUAUCUUGAUUAAGUUCGGACUCCUUAGUGUGCUACUUAAGGUCCUCUGCAGCUGCCUCCAGCUUUCCUUUCUGGCAUCCCCUUCCGUUACUUGUUGAGCCCUAGGUCAGUCCCAGAUAUUCUCCUUUGCUUGCUGUUGCCUGAAAACAUCAUCUCUCUUUUUGCCAUAUUUAUGGCAUUCCUUUUACUUCAGAUGCUGCUGUCUCCACCUGCUACAUUUCUUGUAUACAACUUGAAACUCAGCUCCAUGAAACCUUCGCUGAUCACUCCAGUCCUAAAGUUCUGAAUUGCUCUCGUAUUUUGCUGCUCUGUUCGUGGAGUUGGUUUGAGAUUUUGAGAGAUUUUAAGCACUAAUGAGGGAUUCACUAUGUGAUUAAAAAUAAAAAUGAUACUGAAUUGUAAAUCACGUGAAAAGAAAGGCCACAAAAUUUUAUUUUUCUCAUUACUAUUUAAGUAUGCAUAUACAUGUUAUGUAUAUGUGUAUUCCUUUGCUGACAUUGACUGAGUUGUAAAAAGCUUAUACUUACAUGCAUGUCAUUUUCCUUUGCUUAUGGUCAUGUCUAAUCUACUCCUUUAGAUUUUGAACUUUGGAACAAAGAACUUGCAUGCUCACUUUCUUUGUAGCCCUUAUCACUCUUCUCAAAUGAGAAAAUUGUUGCCACUAUGAUGAGCUGCAAAUACAUCCCACCAUUAUCUAGGAGAGAAUAGUGUUCCUUCAGUAUUUGUUGUAUGAAUAAAUGUAAAUAAAUGAGUCAAUAAGUUAGGAGAGGUUUGCUGAGAUGUGCUCUUUUCAUAAGAAAAGAGACUUUGACAGUCACCGAACCAAUAGCAAUAAGCCCUCAAAUUCAGUUGGAAAAGAGGUCAGGGUGCUAUUUAUAAAUGCAAAGAAAGGAAACGUUCACAGUAGGCUAUUUUGAAAUGUCUGAUUGCUAGUCCAAAAAAUUGCCUCUUACAUCCAGGGAAAUGGUGGCAUAUGCAUUUCUACUAAAAUUCCAAAAUUGAAAUAAAAUACACAUACGGAGAAAAAAGUACCCAUUAUCAUAAAUGUACAUUUUAACAUACUUUUAUUGAAGUAUAGUAUUGUGCUCGUUUUUGACCUGGAUGGGUUAAACAUUAAAGUUUUGUCCAUUGUAGCCUGGAAUGCAACAGAAUCCUGAAGAAUAUAUGCCCAUGCUGAGGUCAAAAGUUCUAAGGGACCUGAUUUUCCUACAUUCCAGCUGUCAGGAUACAGAUGUGGCUCCACAGUACAGAGGGGUAAGAAUAGCUAGCACAGGGCAGCAGUGUUCAGGUGUUGGGGCACACAGGUUGGGGUCCUUCACAGGGAUGCAGGUUUUGGCUUACUCUUUCUUUUAGUUAUCCCUGCUUCUGCUUUAGUAGGUACGUGAGAAGAUGAAAGCCAUCAUCCCUGGUUACACAAGAAUUAUGGCACUACUUUAAAGGUCUCUUAAUUAGAAUUCAAAGCAUGUCUCAAACCUCAGCCAAUUAACUUAAAAUCUAGACGGACAGCUUGAAAGAGAAAAGACUUUCUGGAGGCUUACUGUGGAGAAAACAACAUGUGAGAAAAUUUUCUCUUGCAAAUGACAGCGCAAGAACCAAUACUUCGAAGUACAUUCUCUUGUGUGUCUCAUUGUACUGUUUUUUAAUAAUUCAGCUUAGUAAUGAAGCCACCAUUAUGACCUCAGUCAGUGAAAUAAAUGUUGAUAUCAAAGAUUUCCUAAUGAGCAUUAAUUUGGAGCAGUAUCUCUCCCAUUUCCGUGACUUUGGUCUUAAUACUGUAAAGGACUGUGCAGCAAUAAAUGACAGCCUGCUACACAAAAUUGGAAUAUCACCGACAGGACAUCGUAGGAGAAUACUUAAGCAAUUACAGAUCAUCUUAUCAAAAAUGCAAGAUACCCCGAUAUAUGCAAAUGUUCAUAAAACAAAGAAGAAUGACAAGACUUCAGAGAAUAGCCAUGCCCUGUCUUCUGAUUCCUGCAUAGAGCUUUCAGAUUCUGGCAGCGCUCACACUCCCAGCCCAGUGCACUUGGAGACAGUUACAAAGCAUCUCGAUCAAAAUGAUGUUAGUGUAGAAAGUAGCCAGUCUCUUAAAUCAGAUGAUAAGUUGUGUCUUCCUGUGCACAGCGUUCCCCUUCCAGGAAAAGAACCACACCUGGAUUUGGGUUCUUCUCAAGAUUCUUCUCUUGGUAGUGAAAAUUUUAAAACAGAAUCUCUGAUUACAAAGAAGACUGUGGAUUGUACCAUCAAAGAACAGCAAACGGAAAGAGCUGACUUGACAUCAGAGAAUCUUAGCAAGCUUCCUAAUUCGGAUCCUGAAUGCCGUUCUUCCCCUGGCUCUUCAAUAUCGGAAGCAAGUUCUGGAAAUGGGACUAAUGGUUUAUUAGCAAAGCCACCACCAUCUCCUUUCUUUCAGUUUCAAGGAGAAAUGGUUGUAAAUGAUCUGUAUGUUCCAUCAUCGCCAAACUUAGCACCUGUGCGAAGUCGUAGCAAGUUGGUUUCAAGACCAUCCCGAUCUUUCCUGCUAAGACAUCGGCCUGUACCAGAGAUUCCGGGGUCAACAAAAGGAAUUUCAGGAAGCUACCUCCGUGAGAGAAGAAAUGUAACUACCUCAGCUGGAAAAUUUGUGGCCCAGCAAAAUUCAAGCGAGGAGAAUUCAUCUUCUAUUUUUCCUUAUGGAGAGACCUUUCUCUUCCAGAGAUUAGAAAAUUCCAAGAAGAAAUCUAUAAAAAAUGAAUUUUGGACCCAUGAAGAAACACUUAAAAGGGAAACAACUACUGAAAGCAUAUAUGAUAACAGGACAGAGAAAACAAGUGAAGACAAAGUGGAAGAUAUUUGGAUACCUCGAGAAGACAAAAAUAAUGUUCUAAUAGACUCUGCUUCUGAAUCAGAAUACUCAACAGUAGAAGAAUGUUUUCACAGUUUAAGAAGAAAAAAUUCAAAGGCACCUAAAUCUAGGACUCAGAAAGUAUUGAAUUUGGACCCUCUUACUAGGCACAGUUAUCCAUGUAGCUCACCAAGUGGAAAUGCUGAUUCUUCAACUCUUCCCUCAUACGCGAUAUCUCCUUAUGCCUGUUUUUAUGGAUCACCUGCAAGGAGGAUUAAAUCUGGGUGGCUAGACAAACUCUCUCCUCAAGGAAAGCGCAUGUUUCAGAAGAGAUGGGUGAAAUUUGAUGGCCUGAGCAUUUCUUAUUACAAUAAUGAGAAGGAGAUGUAUUCAAAAGGAAUAAUUCCCCUUUCUGCUGUAUCUACAGUACGAGUUCAAGGAGACAACAAAUUUGAAGUUGUUACAACACAAAGAACUUUUGUUUUUAGAGCAGAAAAAGAAGAGGAGAGAAAUGACUGGAUCAGCAUACUGUUAAAUGCGCUGAAAUCACAACCCCUUACCUCACAGUCUCAAGCAGUUGUUGCGCCUGAGAAAUGUGGAUAUCUUGAAUUGAGAGGCUAUAAAGCCAAAAUCUUUACUGUGUUAAGUGGCAACAGCGUGUGGCUUUGCAAAAAUGAGCAGGAUUUUAAGAGUGGGCUUGGCAUUACCAUAAUUCCUAUGAAUGUAGCAAAUGUAAAGCAAGUGGAUCGAACUGUGAAACAAUCGUUUGAAAUAAUCACUCCCUAUAGGAGUUUUAGCUUUACAGCCGAGUCUGAGAAAGAGAAACAAGAGUGGAUUGAAGCUGUGCAGCAAUCGAUAGCAGAAACUCUCUCUGAUUAUGAAGUAGCUGAGAAGAUUUGGUUUAAUGAGUCCAACAGGAGCUGUGCAGAUUGUAAAGCCCCGGAUCCUGACUGGGCAUCCAUCAAUCUCUGUGUUGUCAUCUGUAAGAAGUGCGCAGGACAACACAGAUCUUUAGGUCCUAAAGAUUCCAAGGUUAGAAGCCUAAAAAUGGAUGCCAGUAUUUGGAGCAAUGAACUCAUUGAGCUUUUUAUUGUCAUUGGAAACAAAAGAGCAAAUGACUUUUGGGCUGGUAAUCUUCCCAAGGAUGAAGAAUUACACAUGGACUCUCCAGUAGAAAAGAGAAAAAGCUUUAUCACUCAGAAGUAUAGGGAAGGAAGAUUCAGAAAAACCCUUUUGGCGUCUCUCACAAAAGAAGAAUUAAAUAAGGCUCUGUGUGCUGCUGUAGUGAAACCAGAUGUCCUGGAAACGAUGGCUUUGCUGUUCAGUGGAGCAGAUGUUAUGUGUGCAACCGGAGACCCCGUGUACAGCACCCCCUAUCUGCUGGCCAAGAAGGCUGGGCAGAGUCUGCAAAUGGAAUUUCUCUACCAUAACAAAUUCUCAGAUUUCCCACAACAUGAUAUUCCUUCUGAAGGUGGAUUGAGUCAAGAGUUCUCCCAGUCCACCUUUCUCUGUGACUUUUUAUACCAAGCCCCUUCUGCUGCUUCUAAACUCUCUUCAGAGAAAAAACUGUUUGAAGAGACAAAUAAAAAGUGGUGUGUCUUGGAAGGAGGUUUUUUGAGUUACUACGAACACGAUAAGUCUACCACACCUAAUGGAACCAUUAAUAUCAAUGACGUUAUCUGCCUGGCUAUACACAAAGAGGACUUCUAUUUAAGUACUGGGCCCAUCUUUACCUUUGAGAUCUACUUACCCUCAGAACGUGUGUUUCUUUUUGGAGCUGAAACAUCUCAAGCACAAAGAAAAUGGACAGAGGCAAUAGCCAAGCAUUUUGUUCCCUUUGUCGCUGAAAACUUAACAGAAGCUGACUAUGAUUUGAUUGGUCAACUCUACUACAAAGACUGCCAUGCCCUAGAUCAAUGGAGAAAAGGCUGGUUUGCUAUGGACAAAUCUACUUUGCGCUUUUGCCUUCAAAUGCAAGAAGCUCAGGAAGAUAGAAUGCACUUAAGAAGACUGCAAGAACUAACAAUCAGCACAAUGCUUCAAAAUGGGGAAAAAUUGGAUGUACUGCUCUUAGUAGAAAAAGGGAGAACAUUAUACAUCCAUGGGCAUACCAAGUUGGAUUUCACAGUCUGGCAUACUGCAAUUGAAAAAGCAGCAGGUACAGAUGGUAAUGCAUUACAAGAUCAGCAGCUCAGCAAAAAUGACGUUCCCAUUAUCGUGAACAGCUGUAUAGCAUUUGUUACACAGUAUGGUUUAGGAUGCAAGUAUAUCUAUCAAAAGAAUGGGGAUCCUUUGUGCAUAAGUGAACUCCUGGAGAGUUUCAAAAAGGACGCAAGAAGCUUUAAACUGAGGGCUGGAAAACAUCAGCUUGAGGAUGUGACAGGCGUGUUGAAAAGUUUUCUCUCAGACAUUGAUGAUGCACUUCUUACCAAGGAGCUUUAUCCAUAUUGGGUCUCUGCCUUAGAUACACAAGAUGACAAGGAAAGAAUUAAAAAGUAUGGCACAUUUAUACGUAAUCUUCCAACGGUCAAUCGAGCCACUUUGGCAGCUAUAAUUGAACACCUUUACAGGGUACAGAAAUGCUCAGAAAUCAAUCACAUGAAUGCUCAUAAUUUGGCCAUGGCCUUUUCAUCCUGUUUGUUUCAAACUAAGGGACAAACUAGUGAAGAAGUGAAUGUAAUCGAGGACCUAAUUAAUAAUUAUGUUGAAAUAUUUGAGGUUAAAGAAGAACAAGUCAAACAAAUGGACAUAGAGAAUAGCUUUAUUACCAAGUGGAAAGACACUCAAGUUUCGCAGGCUGGAGAUUUGUUAAUUGAAGUGUAUGUUGAAAGGAAGGAACCUGAUUGUAGUAUUAUAAUUCGGAUAUCACCUAUAAUGGAAGCAGAAGAAUUGACUAAUGAUAUAUUAGCAAUAAAAAAUAUCAUUCCUAAAAAAGGUGAUGUCUGGGCCACUUUUGAAGUCAUUGAAAAUGAAGAGCUAGAGCGCCCUCUUCACUACACAGAAAAUGUGCUGGAGCAGGUGCUUCAAUGGAGUUCAUUAGCCGAACCUGGUUCUGCUUAUCUCGUGGUGAAGCAAUUCUUAACCAUUGACACAAUCAGGCACUACAGUGAGAGGAGUGCCCUGGAAAGUAUCAAAGAGGGAGUUUUGAAAAUCAAAGAAGAACCAUCUAAAAUACUAUCUGGAAAUAAGUUUCAAGACCGGUAUUUUGUUUUACGAGAUGGGUACCUCUUUCUUUACAAGGAUUUGAAGAGUAGUAAACAUGACAAAAUGUUUUCUCUCAGUUCAAUGAAGUUUUAUCUUGGAGUGAAAAAGAAAAUGAAGCCCCCAACAAGUUGGGGACUGACAGCAUAUUCUGAAAAACAUCACUGGCAUCUGUGUUGUGAUAGCUUACAAACUCAGAUGGAGUGGAUGGCCAGUGUUUUUAUUGCCCAGCAUGAAAAUGAUAUAUGGCCGCCAGCUGGAAAGGAACGAAAACGCUCUAUAACCAAAAAUCCCAAAAUUGGAGGUUUGCCUUUAAUUCCCAUCCAGCAGGAGAGAAAUACAACACUAUCCCGGAGAAAUCUUGAGAGUGCCAGAGCAGAACUGGAAAGGCUGAGGCUCAGUGCAAAGCCUGAUAAAGAGCCUGUGGACCCCAGCUUGAAGGAGAGAGCCUCCAUCGUGGCCCACUGCCUGGAGCACAAGGAAGAUAAACUUCGAAACCGAACCAGAAAGCAUCGUAGUUUCAACUGCCUGGAGGACACAGGGGCUGAGGUCCCUCAUGGCCAACAAAAAUUCUAUAAAGGCGUUAAGACAUUGAGAAAGACCGAGGACAGAAAGACUGAGGACAGAAAUAGUAAAGCUACUUUGGACUCUGAUAAUAAAUUACCGUCAAAAGUAAUUGAAGAACUUAAUGUGGUCCUACAACGGACAAGAACGCUUCCAAAAGAGUUUGAAGAUGAGCAGAUGUUGCAGAAAGAAAUAAAAUGAAUUUUCCCACAACUUAUUUUUAAAUAUUGUAUAUAGCGUUCGUGUGCAAACCGGAAACCAAACUAUAAGGUGAUUCUUGGUUUGUGAGAUUUCACUCUCUAUACUUAAACAUAUAGAGCAUUUUAAAUAUUAUGUAUAUAUGUGGUAAGUGUAAGAUUAACUUUAUUUCGGCCUGAACAAAGCUUGUAAAGUUUAACUGUUUAACCUUGUGUAAGAAGACAUUUGGUUACGUUGAGUAACCAACACUUUAAAAUAGUUCACUUAGUGGUAUAACUUAUGAGCAGAAAUCUCAAGUUGUAUAAAAUAUUGUGUAUAAAUGAGGCCAUACAAAACUAUAUGUAACACAUUUUGCACUUUGAGAAACCUUGUAUAUUAAGUUACAAUAUGUUUUUAGGUUUACAUAGGGUCCACCUUAGGGAAAAGAAAGGGAAGUUGAAAAAAGGGAGGAUUUAUUUUAGUGGCUGCCUAACAGACAACACUGGGGUUUUCAGAUGAGGUAAGGAGUUAAUAAAUGUCCUAAAAACCAAGGAGGUGAGUUAGGAUUCAUUCUAGUUCGCUGCUGACCAGAGCUUACUAAUAGGAAACUGCCUGUGAAGAAAAAAGUCCAGUGUUUAUUUCCCAAGAGUAAUCUUCAGCCAGCAGAAGUGGUUCAUGGCACUGGCCAUUCUUAUUUAUGGUGUUAGUGAACAAGCCACAGUAUAUAUUCACUACACUUUGGUUCCUGGGGGUGGCUGCUGAGAAGAAACUUACACUGCAUUGGAGAGCUUGUAUGGAAAGGACCUGGCACUGGUGCCCUUUGCACUGUUGCUGUACACAAGCAAAUUUUGAGAGUCCCUAACUAUUACUUCUGGUGUGAACUAAAUUCAUCGUCACAGGGUUUCAUUGUAGUUGAAUUUUUUGUUGUUGUUGUUGUUAUUUUGUAUGUUUAUUUGCUGUUAUUUCAAGUAAUGCUGAAAUGUCUUUCUCUGGAAUGUCAGAAUUAACUGAAAAAGCAUAACAUGUGGCCAUUUCGUUUUGGGGGAUGGUUGACUCACGCUGGAGCUUCUAGCUCACAUUUGGAGUCCCUGGGUGGUGCAAGUGGCUAAUGUGCUUGGCUGCCAGCUGAAAGAUUGGAGGUUCGAGUCUACCCAGAGGCUCUUGGAAAAAGGCCUGGUGAUGUACUUACAAAAAAAACAGCCAUUAAAAACCUUAUGGAGUACAGUUCUAGUCUGACACCCUUGGGGUUGCCAUGAGUCAAUUCAUUUGGACAGCAACUGAUGGUGGUGGUAGUAGUUCACAUUUAAUUUAGUCCUUUAAAAAAAAAAAAAAAGAUAAA